CUCCCACUGGAGCCCAUGCAGCCUACUAGCCUCGCUCUCAUCCUGACGCGGUCAGGUGUAAUGAAUGGCACCGCGUCUGUGCAGCGUCUCUGAGCUAGUGAUGGAUCGACUGGAUGGAUGGAGCUUCACCUCCAAGAAAAUGAACCUGGAGGAGGAUUUCUACUUUGACUAUGGAACGGAGGAAAUAACAGAUUACCAGGACCCCAGUGAACUCCUGGCUGCGCUGAAACAAAAGGAGGAAGAGGUUAUUUUGGCAGCGCAGCUGGGAAACGCGUUGCUCCUGGAAAACCGACAACUGAAGGAGCAGAAAGAGAAGAUCCAUGAGCAGUACGCGAGCAAGCUGGAGGAACUGGAGCAGGACCGGCAUGAUCUGCGACUGAAGCUGGAGGGCUCCCAGUCCCAGUGGGAGAGCCAGGUGGGAGACCUGGAGAGGGAUGUGAGGGACCUGGUUGCCCAAAUGGAGCAACUGACCUGGGCACUUGGCGAGGCAGAACGGGACAAAAGUCGAGUCCAGUUGGAGCACGGCGAACAAUCUCGGCUUCUCAGGGAGGAGCUUCACUCCGCAAAAGAGAUGGAGAGAGCCAUGUCCAGUGAGCUGCAGGCUCUGAAACAGGAGCUUCAACACAAAGGAAGUCCAAAUCGACAGCAGGACGAGGAGCUGAUCAGUGCCAUGAGAGAGCAGGUGUUGCGACUCACCCAAAAGGAACAGACACUGGAGAAACAUUUAGAGAGUGUGUGUCAGGAAAAUGCCCAGCUCGGGGCGACUUUGGCCUCUUUACAGGCACGUUUAGAUCUGCACGACCAACUCAAACAGCAGCACAGCCAGCAGCUAGAUGAGGCAUUGAAGGAGGUGGAGUUGGCACAGGGUCGCUCACAGCAGCUGCAGGCUCAGGUGGAGGAGCUGCAGGAGAAGGUCUCUCUGCAGGAGUCCAGGAGCCACCUGGACUCCUCCCUGCUCACUGAGCUGGAGACAGCAGAGCUGGGAGUCAGCAGGGCGGAGAUAACACAAGAAGUGGGUUCCAUCCUGGGGUUGCUCCUCCCUCUUACUCGAGAUCCGAACAGCCCAGAGAAGUCAGAGGUCAUGGAUGAGCAGGAAGAUCUGCAGGCCGUGCUGCACCGACUGAAGGGAGUGGCCCGGAAUCUGGCAGGAGAAUCCAGUCCACAGGAGUUGAAUCUGGGUUUUGUCGACGGGACGAGCGAUCACUGUGGGAAUCUGAGUGCCGCACAGGAGCUGAGAGAUCAGAACAUCCAGCUGCAGGAGGAGAAUGCUGAACUGUUGCAGAAGCUGCAGAACAUACAAGAUCAGACGGAUUUUGUUCAACAAGCCAUUAGAGACCGGGACGAAGCUAUUGCCAAGAAGAACCUGAUGGAAGACGAGCUGUUGAGGAGCAAACAUGACAUGAUGAGUUUAAACAACCAGUUAUUAGAUGCUAUCCAUCGUAAACUGGAGCUGUCACAGGAGCUGGAGGCCUGGCAGGACGACAUCCAGAUCGUCAUCAACCAGCAGCUCAAGUCACAGCAGCAGUCAGAAAAGCCCCAGCUGAAGCCUGCCUCAAAUGGCCUGUCCUUCUUCCGCAGACCCAGCAAAAUUAUCUCCAGCUGGUCGCACCAGUCCUCUUCUUCCUUCUGCAGCUCGGACACUAAUCAGGACAAAGUUCAGUCCCCUUGGAAGGACUGGCUAAGACUUGGAAAGGGGACACAGUUUGGCAAAUAAAGUAUGACAGCUCUCCACUCAAUAGAGGAUACAUGAAGUAAAAAUAAAAAAUAACAGGUCAAAGGAAGUCACAAGUGGAGCAUCCUCCAAUUCUUGAGGUGUGGCGCUACAGAACAAAGACUUGCUUUACGAACAACUACUGACACACAUUUCAACGAGAGGCUGAGCCUCCAUUAAAUCUAAACUGUGACAACAUGCAACACCAGCAUUUUCAUAAAACAGCAAACAGAUUGUAAAUUUUGUACCUAAUUUUUGUUAUAUUAACAAUUUGUUUAGAUUAUUUAAGCCUACAAACUCAACAUCUAUGUCAGGAAAUUAACGAUCAAACACUUAAAUUCAGGCUAUAUGUUCAAAUUUUCCAAGUUUGAUGGAAAAGCACAUUUUUAUUGUUACUUCUGCUCAGAAAUUAAUAUUUUCAAAUUUUCUCAUGUACAGCAAUUUAUAUGUUAUAAUUUUGUCUGUUUUUCCAGUUAAAGUAAAAAUUAUCUGAAGGAUAAUUUGGUAACAUGUCAGUAUGUAGCAUGUGUACAUAGUCUGUAUUCAUGUUUUCUUUUUUUUAUUUUUUUACUCACUUGAUCACUUUCUGGUCAUAAAACAUUAAAAAAAGAAAAUGA